AUGGAAGAUGGGAUCUGCCGUCCAGAACCAGAAGUUUCUACUUCAAAACGCGUGAUAGGACGCAGUGCGCGAAGAGGAACAAAGAAGGCCCGUAACAGAAGAGGCGGUCGCGAACGGUUUGAUAACGGUGAAAGUAAACAAAAUCCUCUGCGAGCUUCGAAACGUAUGGAUCAACGCCCGAAAAAGUUGAGAAGAACUGUAUCAGAGACGGGUUUUCUACCCUUCAGACGGCUUUGA